GCCCAUGUUUGAUUUUGACGAGCCACACGUAGCGAGACGAAAGCACGGUGCGAAGCAGAGAUCAGCAUCACUCGCGCUGUUUGUUGUCCGAGUAUAAAGAGCCGUGCACUUCGCCACUGACCCUCGAACACCCCUCGUGCUCUGUUAGAACAUUCGGCGGGUUUUGCAGUAACCCGCAUCACAGUAGCUGCUAUGUGGAUAUUUUUCCUGUUAUGGCUACUUCUACUUCAAGUGCAAGCUCAGCAAGAAGUACAACUUCCGACUGAGGAACAACAAUUGUUUGCUCUUCUCACUUUUCUCCCAGAUGUUGAGCCAUUGGUACCACCACCCGAGCCACCGGGGCCUUGGCGACCCCGACCCCCAGGACCUCGAGACGGUUGCUCAAAAUGGGGUCAGUGGCAGCAAGUGACGUGUUGGUGGCCAGAUCAGCCAUUGUCCUCACUAGCACCGGCUUGCGCCAACACACCAAAUCGAACAAGAUUUCCAGAUUAUGUGAAUAAGCUCAUACAAGCCAAGUCUGAGGAAAGAUACGCAAUGAUUGUGGAUGAGUACACGAGGAGAGGCAAACCGCCAAAGUGUGGGUACUGUAGCAGAAGCUUCGAAUGUCGAGCAAGAAAUGACACUGAAAGCAGACAUCCAUGCUCGCUAAAAGAGGUUCGCGAAAUCCAGAGAACCUGUGAUGAUUCUAAACCUUGCGAGCUGUCCCUUGAACAUGGUGGCUGCCCAUCUCCAGCGUUCCUGGGUAAUGGACGAGCCGGUAAAUUACAAAAGCUCCUGGGAAGGGGAAUGUUUGAGGACUUUGCACUGCAGUUCUACGAUCUAAGUGGUAUAGAUGUGAUGAGCACGAAAUUCAAUAGGAAAAGAUCCUAUGAUGACUCAGAAAACUCAGUUUGGAAUGAUUUUGACAUCGUUGAAGACGACGACAAUGACGAUGCUGAUAGAAGAAUCGAUUUUAGGGAGGAUUGGCCAUCUGAACCGCGAAUCCGCGAAAGAUCAAGUCCGUUUGGUCCCGAACAAGAUGAAAGAGACGAUUGGCCAUUGAAAAAGGAAGAUCGGAACCGAGAAAGUGAAGAAACCUCUAUGUUCCCAAGAGGAAGACCAUUUCAACCCGGCCCUUCACCUUUUCACCCGCCUCAACCUCUACCUUUUGGAUUUAAUGGUCCAUUCCACCCGGAACAUUACGGAGAACCGGGACCGCACAGACGUAGACCUCCUGGCUUUGGUUUUGGACCACAAAGAGGAGCAAGCUUUUUUAGAACUGGACCAUUCGUCUUUGGUGGCAUGAGGGGGCCACCUCCAUUCGGGCCAGAGCGUGCUCGAAGACAACCACCUUUCUUCGGGUUGGUGGACGGACCACUAAGUCCACCUCCAUCUCCACGUGGUCUAAGAGGUGACGACUGGCCCCGUCCACCUCCACCAUCCGGAAGCAAUGAUGAAAGGCCUCCUCCACCUCCUCUACCGCCUGGACCGAGACGUGAGGGACACCACCUUCCACCUCCACCACCUCCAGACAAUGAAAUGUUUUAUCCUCCACCUCCAACACGUCGAAUCAGAAAUGGUGAUUGGCACCCUCCACCACCUCCACCACCUGGGCCCAGAGCUUCACUGCAGGACAUUGACGAUACGUAUCCCGAAGACACAUUCAGGAUGAGACGAGACUCAUUCAGCGCAUUCUUCGGAGCUCCCUUUUACGAUGAAAGAAAUGAACUUUAUAAUUUCAUUCAGCGGCGAUGGCGACGUAGUAUCUCUGGACAAUUAGGAGACUGGAACGCGUUUCUGAAUAACUUUUUGGUUUCAAACACUACAGAUUCUAACCAGAUGAUGGCUAAAGGAAAAGGUCGCUUACCGAAACCGCGCCGCAACAAGAAGCCACAGCUUUCAACUGAUGAAACUCUCAACAUGCUGAGUGAACUUUUAUAUGGCACAACCUGCGUAAGCUCUGGUGGCAAAUGCUUGUGUUGCUGCGGUUCACAUGUGCCGAAUUUGUUGAGAGGAACAUGUGAAGACAUAAGGAGCAUCAUGCCUGGUAUCGAUAGCGCCUACCAAGAACUAUCAAAACCAAGGAGAAAACAAGGUUGAAGACAUGAACUUCUUAACCUCUGUAGUUUUGAUACUGUGCCUUCUUAGUUUCUCUUUAUUGUGCUCAUCAAUUUGCCAUUGGUCAGUUAUACGAGUAUAAAGUAAAACUUAUCUUAAAC